GGGAAAACUUUCAAGAUGGCGGGAGCACCAAGGCAAGAAAAAAGAUCUGCGAAUUUCUAUCGUUUCCACAAUGAUUUCCCAGUUCUUUGAGCACACACUCCCUUACUCUCCCUUUCAUAACUUUCCACAGAAACCUCGAAGAAGUCAACCGUGUGGCUGAUGCUGCAGGCCUUGUCAACAGAACAGGACCUGUACAAGUGCUGUAUUUCUCUUCCACCUGCAACACUAACAAAUAUCAACUUUUAGAACUUCCACCAGGAUUACUUGACACCCUUCAGGUUGGAAAUAGGUAUGAUACUUGUUUAAUUUACUUGGGACUUUGGUUUCAUGAGUUAAGUGAAGUACAAUUCGAGAACUUACCCCUAUUUCUGUUACAUGAAAUAUCUCGGAAUUUAUGUAUAUAUUAUUUGGUGAUAUUUUGGUGUGAAUAUCCACAGUGUUGUUAUUAGAGGCGACAAGGAAGACGAUGCUGUCCUGUGUACAGAUAGAGUAACCUUUGACCUGCGAUUAGCUGAUACAUCAAACUCUCUUCUUUUAGUUCCUCAGUGCAGCCUAUCCAACGAUGAAGGUAUCAUUUGUAGUAUUUUAACUGCCUGUCUUGUCUCUAAUUUGUGUGUGUUUUUUUCAUCACUGACCUCAUUAAGCUUAACGAAACAGAAAUCCAUCAACUAUUUUGAUUAAUCAAGUAAAGAUUAACAGCCCUAUUUUGGUAUUAAGAGUGCAACGCGAUAAAUCUGAAUUACCGCAAGUUUCGGGCUAAUAACCCAGGAAACUCUGGCUAUUGCUUAUUGCCAUGUGGCUUGAAAUAGUCAGUCUGGACAGUUUGUACAUAUUGAAGGAAAAAUUGCCUUUUGCUUUCUAGAAUCUGUAAUGUUUGUAGUAAUUAUUUUGAUUUAGAAAUUUGAUAUUUCAUGUCCUAAUUGCUUAUUCCCAUGUGGCUUGAAAUAGUCAGUCUGGACAGUUUGUACAUAUUGAAGGAAAAAUUGCCUUUUGCUUUCUAGAAUCUGUAUGUUUGUAGUAAUUAUUUUGAUUUAGAAAUUUGAUAUUUCAUGUCCUAAUUGCUUAUUCCCAUGUGGCUUGAAAUAGUCAGUCUGGACAGUUUGCAUAUACUGAAGGAAAAAUUGCUUUUUGCUUUCUAGAAUCUGUAUGUUUGUAGUAAUUAUUUUGAUUUAGAAAUUUGAUAUUUCAUGUCCUAAACAGUUAUUGUAUUGCGAAUUUGAAUUAGUCUUUAUGGGAUAUUUUGCAUUUACAGGUUCUCUUUUUCAUUUUAUUCUUUGGUCAUAUGUUAUGCAUUGCAGAAUUCAAGGCAGAAGUUUCUCCAUUGGUUCUUCGAGAGGUGAGUAAGUCACGAUCAUAAGGUAGGAAAACAUGUCUAAGUAUGAAGUUUAAAUUCUAGUGUGUAACAAAGCAGAAUAUCUGUUUCAGUAGUGAUGAGUCAGUGGGCUUUUAAGACUUACCAUUAUUGAAAACCUUACUCUUAAUAUAGGAUAUUCACAAUGUGAUAAGCUAGUUCAUUUGUUUUACAGGUGGCCAGUUCUCACACAAAAUAUUUUGAAGUCAAACAUUGUAGGCCACGUUUGGAAAGGCUUAGGCAUCUGCUUGCUGAAACUUUGUAUAAAGGAACUGAAAAUGAAGUGGAUCUCAAUGAUGAGACAGAAGGCAACAUUACAAAGAGGAAAGAUGUGGUGUGUUACUUAGGAAAAAAUUGAUAGGGCAGGUGUAAAAAGGGGGGUUUGUGCAAUUUGGGUUCCAUAUUCUUAAAGCUAAGACUAUAAGUAGAGAAUAGUCACAGACAAGAGAAUUCACAUUUAGGUCCUGGAAGUGAAAGGUUUAAUGAAAUGCACACAAUUGUUGGCCAUCAUUUUUGAGAGAAAAACAUCUGCCCACCUUUUUUUCCCUGCAAAGUUCUUUGAGAUCAACAUUUUAAUUUGUAGAUGCAUGUAAGACAAUCCCUGUCCUCAUAGAUGCAUCCUUGUCACUUAAUCAAAGUAUAUUUUAAUUAUGCAUUAGCUGAACAUUAAUUUUUUUCAAUUUUCCAGUACACUUUUGUAGACCUACUCUCUUUAGUGCAAGCAAGUGAAUCUGAACUUUGUGAAGGAUUAAGGAAUAUUGGUGCUAUAGAAAUCAAUGGUGGGUUUCAACUGCUAAAACCAAUCUUGACACCAUGCAACAACUGCAAGUGACAAACAAUUUUUUUUUUUACGGAGGCUUGCAAGAAAUGUAUUGCUGAGGUAUUGAGGUUUGUUACUGAGACCACUGGUGUGGUUAGAAUAGGAAAAAUAAUAUCUAAUUCUUAACAGUGAAAGGGUCUAACAUUUUAGGAUUCCCAAGGUAAUUGUCAGUUUUACUGACAUUAUCAUCUAUUUUAUUUAAGGAGUUUGACCAAUCUAGAGACCUGAUUUAAUGGGAAGAAGACUUUAUUUCUUUAUUGAAAUUUAUUGUCUUAACCAAGUCAGCAAUAUUAUUCUUUGAAGGGCGCUGGCGGCUGCUUGAUGCAGAUUACAGAGAAAAAGUUGUAGUAAGGAUUUUGACUUUACUUGAAGAGAUGGACUGGAGUUAUGAAGCAGUGCCAUUGAAGGAAUGCUGUGACAUAUUGGAGGAACUUGAGCCAAGGUUUGAUAUAAAACAGCAGCAAGAUUAUAGUAUAGUUCAGGGUUUUCUUUAAGAUUUGAAUUAUGCAGAUUUGGUUGGAAAGUAGAUGUCACUGGUUAUCAAGCUUCACAGUCUGUUCACUUGUAUAUUAUCUUCUCAGUUUGUAUCUUGAGUUGGGCACUGAAUUAAGGAGUCAUCAAAAUCCCUGUGCAUUAGCUUGCAGAGUCUACUGGUUGCUAGUCCUGAAGUACUAUUCAUAAGUUUGCAGAGUUUUUAGAAGCCAACUUAAUAUAGGUUUGAAUUUUGAGGAGCACUUUCACAUGGAAAUAGAGAAUCAAGUCAUUUACAUGUUCUGUUUCACAGAACAUUCCUAUUUUUUUAACUGAAUUAAUUCUUUCAUAGAAACAUUCUUGAGCACUGUCUCAAUUGUUAUGGUGAGAUAACAAGUAUGGACACUGACUCAGGUUAGUUCUUUAUCAUGCUCUUACUUUUUUAUUUCUAAUAAUGAUAAUUUGUCAUCGUUACAAGUCAUGUAUGACCUUUCCUGUGGCAGUUACUUCUCUGUGUUCUAGUAAAUUUACUCUAGAGAAUAUUUUAUCAAGGAUGUAACAGCCUAUAGUGCUUUUGGAGCUGCACUUUAGGUUAAGAGGUUUGGAAUUGAGUUCCAGCACCUUUCCAGUAGGAUUAGGAAUACUUCUGGUCAUUUUGUAUGUGGACACCAACUCCAUGCAGCAAUAAGAGCCCCAAGGUUCACAAUUCUUAACCUUACCUUCACACUUUGAUAUACUGAGCAGGUCAGGUCACUAUGUUUUUUUUUCAGAGUAAGUAAAGAAGACUAAGAAAGAAAGAUUUAAGAAAAAUUUGCUUGCAAACUGCUAUAUUACUUUUAGGUGACAAUGCCAUUCACUACAGGCUUUCAGAAGACAAAAUUUGUAGAUUUUAUGCAGAAUAUCUCCUGAGACAAGCUGGGAAGGUAAAAAGAUAAUGUAAUUCUAGCAAGAUGCAAAAUGAUGACCAGUUUGGUGAUCCCCAUAAAAUUUCUGGUGCAUGUUUAAUUAAUAAGUUAUCUCUAGCAGAUAUGGAGAUGCAUGUGUUCUGAUCAGAUGUAGAUUGUAUCCUAUCUAGCAGUAACCAUUCUGUAAUUUUUUGUGUAACCAGCUGUGAAAGAUUGAUAACCUUUACAGUUUUAAAGAGGCAUUGCUCUAUUCCAACAUCAUGACUCUUCUCUUUUCCUUAGUUUAAUUACAAUGAAUUUAUGGAUUCCUGGUGUCAAAGUGUUCCAGAGGGAAUGACCACAAAGUCUGAACACUUAUCUGUAAGUAUUCAAUGUAGGUCCCUGACAAUAGCUUUUAUGCACCUCACAUACCACAACAUAUCUAUGGCUAGAGCAGAGAAACACCAAAAGGGUCAGAAAAGAAGAAACCAAAAAAAACACGAAGAUGGGAUGGUGAAGCUUUACACAGAUUUUAAGCCAAAAGACAUGAAAAAUUUCAGCUGGGGACAUGUGUUGACUGAGUCAGAUAUCAAUACUAUCUCAAAAAUAUAUGUGAACAAUCCAGUAGUGGUCAUCAGAUUUAUUUUGUUGUCAGGGUAUUGCCUUGAUGGACUUGAAAAGUCUCCCACCAGUCAUAUGGCAUUUUCCUGCUUCUGAGCUUUCAAAUGACCCUGAAUUACGGUAAGGUGACAACUAAAUCCUCUUUUCUACUUGCUAUAUAUUUUUUUGUAACUGGUUAAUUAAGAGAAUGUAAUGUUUUAUUGAGAUGAAACUCUGCAGCUCAUAGGUUUGUUCAUUCAUUGUGUGUCAACUUUUAACAAGUGAGGCAAGGUCAAGAGGCCCAAAAAAUGAAGCUAAAAAUUUGUUAGUGAAUAAAAGAAUGACUUGUAUUCUUCUUGUUUCUGAUGAACUAAGGUACAAGAAGUCAGUGAAAUAUAUCUAUACUAUUAAAAGUGUUUCUUCAUCAAGGGUCAGCAACAUGUAAGUUAAUAAUGUUUACUUAUAGGUUUGGUGAACUUUUUAAAGUGAGAGCAAAGUGGACAUUUGAUGAAAUACAGCCUUAUUUAAGGUUAGUUUUCGAUUGAAGGUGUGGGGAUGUGUUGCACAGAUGCAUGCUUGUAAAAAUCUGGCAAAUUCCUUGUCAUAUCAACUAAAUGUUUUUACUUUAUAUUUCUUAUUGUUUAGAGACCUAGUGGCACCUGGACUGUCACUCAAUGCUCUCCUUAUGAAGUACUCUAGGUCCUCAAUGGACGCCUCAGGCGUCAAGAUCUAUAACUCGAAAAAGCCCCUCUGAGCAAAUUCAAUUGCAGUUUUGUGGUUAGAACUAGAAGCUUUUCUGACAUGCAGAAAUGAUCACAGUUUUAACAUUUCUCUCAAGUACUUCAGAAGAUACUUCACACAGUGGAAACUAAGACACUAGCAAAGAGAAUAUCACAGCUUAGACUCUUGUUCAUAACUGUGAUGUGUUGAAAGCCUUGGUUGUUGUAAAAGAUUGGUCAGUUUUGUCAUUUUAAUUUGACACAACUUUUAUUACCUUGGUUCAAGCUAAAAACUCUUGAAUACUGAAGAUGUGCUUAAGGCAAACAUUGCAAAUUAACUGAAACAUUAUAGAACUGAACUGUUGUAAGGACAGUCUACUUAGAAUUGAUGUUAUGCCACUCUUGAACAGAAGGGUUAACUCAUGCAGCUGGAGAUAUUUUUGUGGGUGUGUAUGAGAAAAGUAAAGUAAACACACUGAAGUUAAUCCUUGAUCAAGAACUUUUAUUACCACUGACAAUUUUAACUGCAACAUUUGCCUUAAAUCAAUAAAGUACCAAAUUGUACAUCUUACAAUAUCCUGUAACUUUUUCAAAUGAAAAGAUCCUGAUCAUAGGCAGAACUCUAUUAAAGAGUUAGGAUGUAACAAUUACCACUAGCACCAAGAGUAUUUAAUAUAUUAAAACUCUCAUUUAUUUGACUAGCAGCAAAUUAAACUAGUUCAUGUAAAGAAAAUCCAUUUCAGAUGAUCAGUUUAAUUGCGAGGUCUUUACGGGACCAUGAAAGUUGAAGCUGAUUUAACACCAAACUCUCAUAACUUAUUACCGCGAAAUUGUGUAGUAGCAAGAGGGGAGAAUCAAUUAUCAGAUCUUGGGAUUUAAAGGGUUGAAUGAAAAGAUAACUUAUAUUUACCCAAAAAACUACUUACACCCAGUUAUAUUUCAUAAGUCAAGAAUUAUGUCUACCAGAUACAUUUUUUUUACAGAAUUUUUUACAGAUAUAUGUUAAAUAAAUGAAUGAUUUGGUAUCAAGGAAAAAUUUAAAAAGAAAUAAUUUUCCCUUUAAUAAAUGGAUA